AUGUACAUAACACUGUACAUAUUCUUCUUAUCGAUUGGAGCGGUUACGGUCUUUUUGAACAUAUUGGUGGUCAUCUCUAUCUUUCACUUCAAGCGGCUCCACACUCCAACCAAUCUGCUCAUCCUUUCUCUGGCGGUGGCAGAUCUCCUGGUGGGACUGAUUGUGAUACCAUUUUUUUCUCACCAAUCAUCAAAUUACUUAAGCUUUCUGCCAUUUGUUAAUUCCUUAAUUAAUCCAAUAAUUUAUGCUUUCUUUUAUCCAUGGUUCAAAGAGACCAAGGUUCAGAUCCCAGCUGUGACAGAGGCAUGA